AUGCCGGAACUAGCAGAGGUCGCACGGAUUGUGCAUUUUAUUCGCCAACACUUGGUCGGGAAGACCCUAUCCAAGGUCCAGACGCAACAUGAUGAUAUUGUGUACGGGAAAGUGGGAACCAGCGCGGCCGAGUUCCAGAAAGCUAUGCAGGGCAAGAAGAUCGUAGGUGCUGGACAACAAGGCAAAUAUUUCUGGAUCACCAUGUCUUCGCCACCGCAUGCGGUGAUGCACUUUGGGAUGGCCGGCUGGCUGAAGAUCAAGGAUGCCGACACAUACUACUACCGAUCCGACAAGCCCGCAGAUAAGGAGUGGCCGCCGAAAUAUUGGAAAUUUUUGAUGGAAACCAGCGAUGAGCUCAAGACGGAGGCGGCAUUUGUGGACUUCCGUCGUCUUAGCCGGAUCAGACUGGUUGAUUGUCCCGCCGAUGAUAUUCGCAACCACACGCCCCUCAAAGAAAACGGGCCAGAUCCAGUCGCUGAUAAGGAUACCGUGUCGGCGGAGUGGUUGAUGAGCAAACUGCGGAGCAAGAAAGUGCCCAUCAAAGCACUUUUGCUCGACCAAGCUAAUAUCAGCGGAAUUGGGAAUUGGAUGGGGGAUGAAAUUCUGUAUCACGCUAAGAUACACCCAGAACAAUACUCUAACACCUUGUCCGACGAGCAGAUCAAGGAACUGCAUACCUCGAUACAUUAUGUCUGCUCUACCUCCCUCGAUGUACUGGCUGAUUCAGAGCAAUUUCCUGAGCACUGGCUCUUCAAACAUCGGUGGGGCAAAGGGAAGAAGAACCAACCCGCGGUUCUUCCCAAUGGCGAUAAGAUCACGUUUCUCACCGUUGGCGGCCGGACAAGUGCAGUGGUACCGUCCGUCCAGAAAAAGACCGGGCCUGUGGCCAAGGAUUUCGAUGAGAGCACCAAUGGCACGCCGGCAAACUCGAAACGCAAAAGAGCAGCGGUGAAAAAGGAGAGCGAUUCAGAAGCCGAGGAAGUGACCAAGCCGAAAUCUGCGAAAUUACAGAGCAAGAAGAAGCGAACGGCUGUAAAGAGUGAAGACUCGGAAGAGGAGAAGAAGCCAAAUGGCCCGAGUCUUGGUAGACGACGCUCUACGCGGACAAGGACAUAG